UGCAUAGGUUUUUCACUUGUUUGUUUCCUGGAAUUACAUGAUAAAAACCUAAUGCAAAGACAGCUCCUUGCAGCUUUGUUUAUGUAUGGGAUAUUUGUCUAAAUGUCUGCAAGUGAAAACAUAAUUAUUUUGAGAGAAAUCAACUUUGACCAGGCGGAAUGUAAUGAGAAAUAGUGUCGACAAAAAACAUUUGAUUCUUUCGAUCAUAUCAAGAAUUAGAAAUCAACAAACUUUUCGAAGACUAACCACUUCAAUUCAUUGUUUGAAUUAAUUACAAUAUAUGAUAAUGAAUAAUAAACGAAGACAUUUUGCUGAAAAGCUUCUAUUGGGAUCAUAGUAGAUUAGAUGUUGUGGUCCACUACAGCUUAAAAUAGGCUUUGCCUCAUCAGGAGAACACCUACAGUACAUCCUACACGUAACUAAGAAUACAUAAUUCAGGACAAUAUAGCAGUAGAAUACAUUACAGUAAUCUACAUUUGCUAAUAAUUUUAAGAGCAGAAAAAAUGAAUGAGACAUCCACCGGAUAUAAACAACAAUGAAUCAGUUAUUUGUAAUUCUACGGGGCGCAACGUGAUGAAGCUCUCAUAAUUUUAUUUGUACUUAAUUGCAAUCAGAAGUUAACGGCGCACACCAAAAUCACGCUCACGUGUUAUUAGCUACCGCGCAAAUGUGUGUGGUAGUAGUCCAUAGCGGUAUCGAAGAUUCGAAGUCGAAUGUUGCGCAUGCGCCCGUGUAGCAAGUCCAUUUUAUGGGUUGCUUUGUUUUUUUUCUACCUCUGGAAUUUUGUUUGGUUGGUGGCGCUGUGCGCAUGCCUUAUGCUGAUGCCGGUUAUGGCGGCGGUGUGUAUGUUUCCAUGAGGCGGCUAGCAAGAGCCAUUCCCACGGACUGAGAGAGCAAAGAGAGACCGAGGCCAUGGCUGGCGUGUUCGACAUUGAUUUGGACCAGCCAGAGGAAAAUGUCUCCGACGACGAGCUCGACGAGGGGGCCCAGAUCAGCGAGUACAUGGACCAGUGCAGCGGGUUCGAAUUCAACAUGGACGACUGUGAGAAGUUUGAAAUAUCAGAAGACAGUGUUAACAAGGGAACGGAACAAAUCCGCCCGGAAUGCUUCGAGCUGCUGCGGGUCUUAGGAAAAGGAGGCUAUGGCAAGGUUUUCCAAGUUCGAAAAGUAUCUGGAGCCACUUCGGGGAAAAUAUUUGCCAUGAAGGUCCUGAAGAAGGCCAUGAUCGUGCGGAACGCCAAGGACACGGCGCACACCAAGGCGGAGCGCAACAUCCUGGAGGAGGUGAAGCACCCGUUCAUCGUGGACCUCAUCUACGCCUUCCAGACCGGCGGCAAGCUGUACCUCAUCCUGGAGUACCUCAGCGGUGGCGAGCUGUUUAUGCAACUGGAGAGGGAAGGAAUCUUCAUGGAGGACACAGCUUGCUUCUAUCUGGCGGAGAUCUCCAUGGCCCUGGGGCACCUGCACCAGAAAGGCAUCAUCUACCGGGACCUGAAACCGGAAAACAUCAUGCUGAAUAACCACGGUCACGUGAAGCUGACGGACUUCGGACUGUGCAAAGAAUCGAUCCAUGACGGCACGGUCACCCACACCUUCUGUGGUACCAUAGAGUACAUGGCUCCAGAGAUCCUCAUGAGGAGCGGACACAACCGGGCUGUGGACUGGUGGAGUCUGGGAGCCCUGAUGUACGACAUGCUGACAGGCGCACCUCCCUUCACUGGCGAGAAUCGAAAAAAGACCAUUGACAAAAUUUUAAAGUGCAAGUUGAACCUCCCACCCUACCUCACUCAAGAAGCCAGGGACCUUCUUAAAAAGCUGCUUAAAAGAAACGCCUCAUUGCGACUGGGGGCGGGACCAGGAGAUGCCACAGAAGUGCAGACCCACCUCUUCUUCAGACACAUUAACUGGGAAGACCUCCUCGCACGGAAAGUGGAGCCUCCUUUCAAACCUUUCCUACAAUCGGCGGACGACGUGAGCCAAUUCGACUCCAAGUUCACAAGCCAGACCCCCGUAGACAGCCCCGACGACUCCACGCUAAGCGAAAGUGCCAAUCAAGUCUUCCUGGGGUUUACCUACGUAGCUCCAUCCGUGCUGGAGAACGUCAAGGAGAAAUUCUCGUUCGAGCCAAAAAUACGGUCGCCGCGACGAUUUCUGGGAAGUCCGAGAACACCUGUCAGCCCCGUAAAGUUCGCGGGAGCCGACUGCUGGCCCCGCGGCGCCUCGCUGCUGGGGGCCCCCGCCCUGCAGUCCCCCACGGAGCUGGCCAUGGAGGUGUCCGGCGUGGAGCAGAUGGACGUCACCGCCAGCGCCGAGGCCUCCGCCCCCCUCCCCAUCAGGCAGCCCUCGGGCACCAACACGGGGUCCUUCAAGAAGCAGGCCUACCCCAUGCUCUCCAAGAGGCCCGAGCAUCUACGUAUGAAUCUAUGACGUUCGGCUGAACUUAGGCUUCGGUUUGUUUUGUCUAUUUUUUUUUUUUUUCGUUUUUGUUUUUUAGGACAAUUACAGUUGGAAAAAACAAUAACUGAUCGCCAGCGCCACCAUUUCCUUCGACCGUGCACCCCCCCAGCCCCCCCCCCCAUCUGAUGAGCUUGUGUGCUGCAGUGGGCCGUAACGCCAAGACGCUGGCUGAUGCGGUCGCCCACCAUUCUCCCGGGGGGGUGGGGGUGGGGGGGGGGGUAGUUUGAUUGGUUAGGACUGGGCCUGACCCCCCAAAUAGCUAAGAUGAAUUUCUACUAUUAUACCUUUGCAGUGCGUCAGGGUAAAUGUGCGAGCGCAAAAAAAAAAAAAAAAGUUACCUAUUUCAGCAACAGCCGCUACAAAAAAAAAAAAAAAACUCUUUGAUUGGCCAUUUGCUGCAAGCUGGCUAAACGUGACAUGGUGCUCCAGUAGAUCAAAUGCUGUUGAGGAACUGCUUCCGUGAAUGCUUUAAAAUAAUUUUCCAGUGUUACUCUGGGUGCAGCAUUGCUUUCCUGUUCAGAAUGACGUGACUUAAAUCAAUGUUAUCUGAGAGACUGUAACAGAACUGACGAGAGGGGAAAUGACUUUACUUAGCAGGGAUGCCGUAGUCAGUCUUAUAUAUCCGAGCGCUGCAAAAAAACGUGCAGCCGCAACACUAUUAAACCAAGGAAUCGAUAUAUAUGACAGCCUCAAUAAAACAAAAAACGAAAUGUGUACUUUUUAAUACGGUUUUCUUUUUAAUUUCAAUUUCUCGUGGUUUGAUUGCGGAGUUGUUUGAGUGCGUACGGUGAGGAACUCAGGUUUUACUUUGUUUGUCCAACCGUUGACAAGAGAACAGUUUCAUCGAUGGAAAAGCCACUAGGAAACUGACUUGGUCCUUCAUCUGCAAGAUCUGUCAAUUGCCUCAAACCAUUAAAACACACUGAUUUAUGAAAGCA